CUCUCGCUCUCUUUCAACUGAACAUUAAUUAUCAACAACAAUUAGAGUUCCGAUGACAGGAGAUUAAAUAUUCAAAACCGAACAAAAGAAAAUCUCAAGUUCUCUGUCUACAUUUGAUUCUCUUUCUAUUCCUCUGUCUACCGAUUCUCUUUCUUUGAGAGUUUUUUUCUUCUCUCUAUUUCUGUUUGCUUUUCAAUCUCUUCUCAUCUGUCUUAUGUUUUAGUAAACAGAAUUUAAUUGUUUUCUUUUUCCCUAAUUGAUUUUAUUUCUUAUUUUAAUGUUAAUUGUGAACAAUUGAUCUUAAAUUUCCACAGCAAUGGACAAAUUAGUUGAACAAUUUGAACAUUUAAAAGUAACAACAUCUUCUCGGUGUGUUGAAGAUGAUCCAUCAAUAAAAGAGUUAAUUGAAACCUAUUCAAAGGCUGUCCUUGAUUGUACAUUCUUUCAUGAAAAUUAUUUAACAGAGAACAAUUUCUGCCUUGAUUCAGCCGAGGAAGACAUUGAGACCACUUUAAACCUUCUCAAUGCAAUUGUUUCUCUUUGUGCAUCAGUUGAUUCUCCAUCUUCAGCCAAUUCAUCAUCUUCAUCUUCCUCAUCUUCUGAUAGUAGUGAUUUCGGUCGUUCUUUGGUGGGUGGUGUUUCUUCAUCUUUCCAGGGUAAAACAUCUUUAGGUGAUCCAUACAAAGCGGUUGUCAAUGUUUUAGGAAUUGAUUUUGGUGAAUGUGUCCUAUGGAGACAAGGAUCACUUUUAUAUGCUUUUUGCUCUGCCAAACUUACUUCAGAUCCAACAUGGGUUAACAAUCAUCAAAUGACUCUAUUAAAUCAUCUUAAAGAUGGGAUCAAUUAUUUUCACUUAAUGUUAAGCAUUCGUCGUAAUUUAAUCCUAUCUAAUUUGGAUGAAAUCGAUGCCAGAUAUAUAAGUGAUCUCCGUCAACCCUACCUUAACCAUCCAGCUUCAUUUGCCAAUGAUAACCGAUCACAUCCAUUUCAAGAUGAUAACAUUGCUUAUGUUAGUGCGAAAGAUUUAAAUCCAAGUAAUAUGAAUGAAUUGAGUAAUUUAUUGAUACAAAAGCAGAAAAUUGUUGGAGCUUUAGGAGCAGAAUUGGAUCAACUUCAACAAGUAUUAGAUCAACAAGAGCUUGUCAACAUAGAAACCAGACGGGAAAUUUUACAGAAAAUGUCAAAUACUCCUGAACUAAGAUCUGACCUGGAACGAGCUUUGGACGAGAUUGAUGCUAAUCAGGAGAAAGUGAAAGAACAACAAGAAGCCAAUGUAGAGAAGAAAGGACAAAUUGAGAAUUGUCUUAAACAAUUAAAAGAACAACAAGAUGAAUUAAAUCAAAAGACAAGCGUUAAUCCAUUUUCACCUCGAGGAUCAAAUGAUGAUGAUAAUGGAGAUAAAACAAUGACCGAUGGAAAUUCUGUCAACACAUUUGAUCUAAUUGACAUGGGAGUUCUCAGUGAUAAUCAUAUGCUCGCCAUGAUGUAUUGUGGUGAUAUGGCUUUUUGGUUCUGCAAAUACUCACGAGAUUGGGAUCUAUUUGAUCAUGUUGCAUUUCAAGAGAUGUUCAGUGAGGUUCGACGAAUAGGUAUUUCUUACCUAAAGAUUUACGUUAAAGCAGUGGAAAAGGUUCUACAAUUUAAUGGUUGGAAUUGUGAUCGAGCAAAUGAGCUUCUAAAACAUUUUAAUGAACUUUGUUAACCCUUUUCAGGGUUAUAAGAAUAUACAAAGUUAACCGGUGUACAAAUGGUGUAAAAGAAAAUGAUUAAGACAAAUUGACAAUGUUUCAUGACUUUAUGGAUACAUCACUUACCCAGUUAAUCAACAAUCAUGAGACCAACUUUGAUAGCCCCUUAUAUAUACACAAAUCAAAUAUUAAUCACAUGGUUGAAGAGCGUAAAUUGCUGCCACUUACAAUAUAAAUUUGAUAUUGUAUUUUGUCCCAUUGUUAAGGGCAUGCAAAAGAUAAUGAUGAUAAUGAUGAUGAUCCCACCUAAAGUCAAAUUAAUCCUUUUCCAAUCAUUAAGAUUGUUUCCAAAUGAACAUAUUCUUGGAUUGCUGAUUUAAACUUUUCUAAUUAACAUUCGAUGAUUUUCUUGAUUGAAUUCUAUUGAAAACCAAGACCAAUGUUGAUUAUUUACACUCGAUUUAAAAGACAAUUUAUCUUUCAACUAACAAUUUGUGGUUUUGUAUAACAAUCAAUUCACAAAGCUGAAGUUAAACCAACUUAAAGGACCAGGAAACCAAAAAUAAAGCAUCGGAAAAUCAAGCAAAGAUCAACAAUUAACUCAAGAUUAGUUAUCAACAAUCAAGUGUCAUAACCUGUAACCAUCAAACUAACACCAAAUUGAAACACUUAACUUUGACAAUUAACUUAAGGAAAAAGACAAUCAAUCAAAAAAAAGACAACAACAAGAUUGUAUUUACGUAAAUACAAUUUGAUUGUUAUAUACAUAAAUUUUUCCAGCUAAUCCUUAAUUGUUUCAAUCUCUCUCUCUCUCUCUCUUCUCUACUUUCUCGCUUUCCUUUUUAAUUUAUUAAUCAUCUUGCCCUUGCUCAUGAUAAUUAAGAAAAUUAACUUUCCACCAACAAAUCAGAAACCUUAACAAAAAUGAACAGUAAAACUUUGUAAUCUAAUUAACUGAUCAGAGGAUUAAAUAAAUUCAAUAUAUUAUUAAUCACUUUGAAAACAAAACAAA